CGACUCCAUAAAUUUCGCUGCAACGAAAUCAAAAAGCACAUUCAUAGACACUAGCCAAAGAAAACAGAUCCGAAAUUGGAGAAGUCUUUUCAAGAAGCGAAGAAUUUCAAACCAGUUAUAGUGAUGUAUCUUCUGUGGCUAAUUUCUAUGAUUGGCGCUGUCGCGUGUCAAGAUUAUGCCUACUUGUCUGAUCAAAAAGCUCCAGGCCCAGCAAACUGGUCCCAAGUCUUCCCACAAUGCGCCGGGCAACUUCAGUCACCUGUCAACAUUGAAACAAAGAAAGUGAAGAAGAAAAGCUAUCCUGAUCUCGAAAUCAGUUUUGACAACCCAUGUGGCCGAGUAACUGGAAAGCUGCUUAAUGGCGGCCAUUCUCCUGUUUUCAACAUCGACAGCUCAAAGGGGGGCGCUAAACUUAGUGGCGGUCCUUUAGAGUGUGACGAGUACGCUCUUCAACAAUUCCAUUUUCAUUUUGGAUGCGAAAACAAUCGCGGAUCAGAGCACCUGAUUGACAACCAGACUUUCCCAGCUCAGUUUGAUGGAUUCCAACCAACCACGAGUUUUAUGCAAGUAACCGUGACUGGUUUCAACUGUUCAAUCAACUUUUGUCUUUUACGAGCCAAACCCAAGAGUUCCUCUACAUUUUCAUGUCGGCCAAAGACACAAAAGUCAACCAUUUGCUUUUUGGUUUGUAGUCCAAGCCGUCAAAAAAAAAACUGUAGAGAAGGAAAUUGUUGUACUAUUUCUGUUCGACAAAGGUCAAAGCGAAAAUAUUUUUUCUUCUUUCCUCAGCUCAACAAGUUCAGGAAACUGAAGGCUCAGCACGGUGGUGCCCCUGGUUUGAUGUGUGACAACAUUCGACCGGUACAACCGCUGUACAAACGCAAGGUGUAUUCUGUCGUCUCAAGCAGGGACUAAACACCCACAGCAGCUCAGUAACACUUGUAGUGGCCCUGAUUGUUCGAAGGGUAGAUAAUGCUAUCUAAUGGAUAAAUCUCUAUCAGUGGAUAGCAAAUUAAAAUUACGUUUUGUUAACCUCUACCCGCUGGAGAGCAUUAUUUAGUUCCUUCGAACAACCGACGGCAGGUCUUGCUUCGAAAAGGAGAUUAUUGAAUAACAAUAGUUUAUUAUCUUAGAAAAAUGUGUAAAUAUUGUUGUAACUGAUUUUAAAAUAUUUCUUUUUUUUUUUAUCUGAAACUAAAUUUUUAUUAUAGAACGAUUUUAUCAAUAUUUAAGAACUUUUUUUUCACCGUUAGCAUUAGCAAAUCAUACAAGCUUGAUUAAAACUAUUUAUAUUUAGCACUGCGCUACUUUUGUAUGAAAUUCGAAUUCAGCUGUUAGAUAUCUUUUGCAAAGGAUUCUGUUAAAUAAAAACAGUUUGACAUUCUUAA